AUGGAUGUAAGUGAAAUGUUUAAAAAAGUAUAUGGAGACCCAGAGUGGGCUGAACUGGGACGAAAGAUUUUAGAGUCUGAUGGAGAAAGUGAAGAUGAGCUUCUAAAAAAAACUGGAAACUUUAUAAAACAAUCUGAAAAUUUAUCUAAAGAUUUUAUAAAUAUCCGCAAAUGCACUAGCCUUACACAUGAUAGCAUGAAAGGUGCAAUUGUAAAAAGUGUUGAGUUUCAUCCUUCUUCCAGAGUUGCUUUAGUUACUGGUACAAAUGGAAUUGCAAACUUGUUCCAGGUUGAUGGAAAACUCAACUCCAAAAUACAGUCAAUUUAUUUGGAAUCAUUUCCGAUUCAUACUGCUCACUUUACUACAGAUGGUAAUGAAAUUAUUGCUGGGUCUAAUAUGUAUGGUUUCUUUUAUUCAUAUGACAUGUACUUGGGAAAAGUAGUGAGAAUUCCUAACCAAAAAGGAAUGGAACAACAAAAUAUUCGCCGAUUCCAGAUGUCUCCUGAUGGGAAAUAUAUUGCUAUUCAUGGACGUUAUGGAAAUAUUCAUUUAGUUACAACAAAAACAAAAGAGUGGAUUGGAAGUUUAAAAAUGAAUGGAGAAGUUGUAGCAAUUACAUUCAGCAACGAUGGAUCAAAGCUGUAUUCUCAUGGAGAUUGUGGUGAAGUUUACAUUUGGGAUUUAAAUACAAGAAAAUGUAUUCUCAAAUUUACAGAUGAAGGUUGCAUUACUGGAACAGCUAUUAAUAUUUCCCCUAACAAUCAGUUCUUAGCUACAGGGUCAGAUUCUGGAAUUGUGAAUAUUUAUGAUUGUGCAACAUUAAAUACAUCUUCUCCAAGUCCAGUAAAAGUUAUAAAAAAUUUAACUACAGAAAUCACAGCUCUUAAAUUCAAUGUUACAACUGAAGUCUUAGCUAUGGGUUCUUCUUACAAAAUUGGAGCGACCAGAUUGGUUCAUGUCCCCAGCCUUUCUGUUUUUUCUAAUUUCCCUGCCAGAGAAGACUAUAAAGGAAUUAAAAAUGUAAACAGCUUAGAUAUUUCACCCAACAGUGGUUUUUUGGCAAUGGGAAAUAAUACAGGGAAUGCAUUGCUAUACAGGUUGAAACAUUACAAGAAUUACUGAUUUUUGUGCCUCACUGUUUGUAAAUAAAUAUUUUUUAUCUUA